AUGGCCGCUGAAUUGGAUCAUGUAGUGAUGCUCUUGCCUUACGAGCUCCUCAAAGCCCCUCCAUCAUGGAUCACAGACAAUUUCUUCCUAUCUCCUGGCGGAACUCACGCCGAUCAAAAGACGGAGAAUAGACUUGUACUAUUCAAAGAUGGAACAUAUUUGGAGCUGAUAGCAUUCAUUAAUGAUGAUCCAGUGAAACGCAAAGGUCAUUGGUGGGACAAGCCGUAUGGAGUCGUGGAUUUUGCCUUUACCACGAAGGACGAGAAGUUUCCAACACUGCCCGCAAUCAGGAGGGGGCUGUCGGAGACUGGAACAGACAUCUCCUAUUCGGAUCCCCAAGAGGGCGGAAGGCUGACACCUGAUGGAGUGGAGUUGCAAUGGCGUGUCACAUUUCCAACCAACAUUGAGCGUGGAAAUGUGCCAUUUUGGUGUCACGAUCUAACACCACGGCAACGAAGAGUUGCCAUUACGCCAGAAAAUACUACGCAUCCUUGCGGGGCGCUGGGCAUGGCCGGUGUGCGACUGCGAAAGGCGGGUUCCGUCUCGGGUCUUGCAAAGGCUUUCUCCGCCAUUCUUGACAGUUCUUUGAGUGAUGACGGCCACUAUGAGAUCCGUGUACCACAUGCUAGCUCCACCGAAAAGCCAUCCAUUCGAAUCCAGGCGGAGCCGGAUGGAAACCAUGGGAAGAGUGACCCGAGUUUGGCGCUUGUGAUACGGACUUCACUCCAGGUACCGGACAUUCAUCAACACAUUCACGAUGGUGUGGCGUCGAUUCUUUUCGAGCAAGCCACAUGA